AUGUCGUCAGCUACUACCAUGCAGGCCCUGAAUUAUCUCGGACCGUACAAGGUUCGAGUGGAGGAGGUUGAGAAGCCGAAGAUAGAGCAUCCAGAUGACAUUAUUGUCAAAGUCACCACUGCUGCGAUCUGUGGCUCAGACCUGCACAUGUACGAGGGAAGAACCGCUGCAGAGCCAGGAAUUACUUUUGGCCACGAGAACAUGGGUAUUGUCGAGAAGCUAGGCGAGGGUGUCACAUUGUUGAAAAAGGGGGAUCGCGUUGUCAUGCCAUUCAAUGUCGCAGACGGUCGAUGCCGGAACUGUGAGGAAGGGAAGACUGCUUUCUGUACAGGUGUCAACCCAGGGUUCGCAGGUGGCGCCUAUGGUUACGUGGCUAUGGGACCUUAUCGAGGAGGCCAAGCACAAUAUAUUCGCAUUCCCUAUGCAGACUUCAAUGCUUUGAAACUGCCACCUGGAAAGGAGCACGAAUCUGACUUUAUUCUUCUGGCCGACGUUUUCCCGACCGGCUGGCACGGCGUCGAAAUCUCUGGCUUCCAGUCAGGUGAAAGCAUUGCAGUUUUCGGAGCAGGCCCAGUUGGGCUCAUGGCUGCCUAUUCAGCAGUGCUGCGAGGCGGGUCCAAUAUCUAUGUGGUGGAUCGCGUCCCCGAGCGGCUGAAGGCUGCUGAAAAGAUUGGCUGCAUUCCGAUCGAUUUUACCAAGGGCGACGCCGUCGACCAAAUCAUUGCUCACAAUGGAGACAUGGUUGACCGUUCUGUGGAUGCCGUUGGAUACCAAGCUGUCAACCCCAACGGAUCUUCGGAGAAGCCCAAUAUUGUCCUUGAGAACAUGAUCCGCGUUACUCGGGCCUGCGGUGGAUUGGGUAUUGCUGGUCUCUAUGUGCCUAGUGACCCCGGCGCGUCCGAUGCCGCAUCUGCAAACGGCAUGAUCAGCUUGAGCUUCGGAAAGCUCUUCGAAAAGGGCCUCUCUAUCGGUACCGGCCAGUGCAAUGUGAAGGCAUACAACAGAUACCUACGUGACAUGAUCAUUGCCGGAAAGGCCAAGCCUAGCUUCGUCAUUUCGCACGAAAUUGGACUUGCUGAUGCGGAAGAUGCGUAUGAUAAGUUCGAUAAAAGGGAAAAUGGCUGGACCAAAGUUAUCAUUCACCCUAAUGGAGGGUUCUGA